CACUCCAUAGUUUAUCAUGCCCUUGGCUGCGGGGAGCUCCUUCACUGCUGAACGCACUCCUCUCACAAGCCACUGACACUCCUAACCAACCAGCCAUGAGGAGGGGAAGCUAUGAUGAUGUUGCAACUCCAAUCAGCCCUCUGAGGAGUCUGGCACAAAGACGCCGCUCAGCCCCUGCGCUGGUCCUAGGCAGAGUGCUGAGCAAGUCCUGGUCACCCGUCAGGGAGAACGUGCUCUGCCCAGUGUCAGUGGAGCAGUGUCCCUUUGUGCUGGGCCUUGCCGGUGAGAAUGGAGAGCUGAUCCUGGAUGAGUGUGUGCAGGUGUCAGAGGGAACGAAGACUAAAAUGAGACAUUUGUUCCUGUUCAGCGACGUGCUGGUCAUUGCCAAACUAAAAUCCAAUACAAGCUACAGGCUGAAGCACAGAGUACACCUUAGUGAGCUCUGGCUGGCCUCAAGUGAGGAGAAGACUGAUGCCGUCGUCUUUAACCCAAGAACUGCCUUUCUUAUUGCCUGGCCAAGCAAUUUCUGUGUUAUUUCAUUCAGCUGCCCUGAGGUGAAAGAACGCUGGUUAGAUACUCUUCACUGGAAAAUUAAAGAAGCAAAGGACAACGAAGUUCUCAGGGUACCAACAACAAAUAUCCUCAUGAAGGUCUUAAGUGGAAGCACUGCAUUUAAAACACUAAGUGGUGGCAAUAUGGAUUCACUCAUCGAAUCGGGUUUGGAUGGUGAUGCCAAAACAUGCCACUCACCAACGCCAUGUGACAUGGAGGAUGGAACAUGCCAAACGAUUGCAGAAAACAACAAGAAAAGGAAGAAGGUUUUGAAUUGGCCCUUUCAAAGGAGGAGUUCUACACUGUCCAACUCUUCCAAUCGUUCAGACCCUGACCAGAACAUUCCUGUGUUUGGACGGCAGUUGUCUGACAUCUGUGCUGAGGAUGAGAAACCUCCCAAGCCCAUCAUGGACAUUCUCACUCUGCUACUGCAGAAAGGCACCACCACUGAGGGCAUUUUCAGGAAAGCUGGGAAUGCCAAAGCUUGCAAAGAGAUCAAAGAGCAGCUAAAUGCUGGAACAGAGAUCAACUUGGAGCCAAAGCCAAUAAUACUACUUGCUGCUGUCUUAAAGGAUUUCCUGAGACACAUCCCAAAUGGCCUGCUGAGGACAGAACUGUCUCCCUCCUGGAUGACAGCUGUAGAGAAGAACAGUGUUGAAGAGAAACAUGAAGAACUAAAACUGGUUGCAGCCAAACUCCCAGGGCCCAACAUUGUUCUGCUGCAGCACCUUCUGUGUGUGCUCUACCACAUCAGUAAGAAUGCAGAGAUCAAUAGGAUGGACGCUAAAAACCUGGCAGUUUGCAUCGCGCCUAACAUGCUGCUAGACAGCAAAUUGCCCCUUCAAGCCCAGAAAGAGAUGACAGAAAAGGUAACAACCCUGACUCAGUUUAUGAUUGAGAACUGCUGUGAAAUAUUUGGAGAACACAUCUUGUCACUUCUCGGGGACCCUGAAGAGGAGUUGGCUGAUAACUCAGAUACGCUAUCAUCACAUCAGCAUGACUCUGCAUAUGACAGCACUGAUGCAGAUGGAGACCUUGGGGAUCAUGCUAGGAAGCAACUAUCAGAGAGGGGUGAGGAGGAUGACCAGGAGCAGACUUCUGCCAGCCCUCUCUCUUCAGUCUGUGAAGAUGAGAGAACAGCCAUUGGAACUUGUCCUACACAACUCAAGAGGUUUAACAGAAGGUGUUCAGAGCCUAAUAUUCUCCCUUCUGGAGGACUAAAGACUCACAAACUGGCCAGGAGUCAUGAUGAUUUCUCAGUGGAAAGAGAUGAUCUCAGCUUUGAGGACCAGCCCCUUAAAAAACAGAACUCCGAUGAUUCCUUUCUUAUGCAUCAUUCUGGGGACAGAAGACCACUGUCCUGCUUGAAGUUAAGCAGCAGCUUGACUAUGGAACUGUGCAAGACACCUUCCUCAAAAGGUUCUUCUACUUGCUCCUUGGAAAGCUCCUUCUCCACAGUUUCUGAGAACUCUGUAUUCACCAGCUCACCACUGGCAUCCCCAUCCAUCCCCAAGAAGUCUUUCUUCUCAAGGCACCAGUCUUUCUCUGCCAAGGCUGCUGAGGACAGCGAGAAGCCCGAAAAAGACCUUAAGAAACACUCCCAGUCCUUUUGUGUGAGGAAUGAAAAGAAGCCCCUUUUCAAGGCCAAGAGCUGGGGCCCUUCCAACUUCAACAGGAGCAGUCUCAAGAGAGACUCUCAGAAGGAAAACCAGUUUUCUUGUGACACUCUCCAAGAGGACUCCCAAAACGAAGCCGAACCUGCAGACCCACAGCCCCAGUCUCGCACGGUGUCACCCAGUGCAGUGUUUCGACAUGUCGACAGCAGAAAACCUAGCAAUCCCCCAUCUUAUGAGCAGGCUAUUCAAAGUGGAACCACCCCUGCUCCCCCUGAAUACAAGUCUCUGACAGUUCAGGAUGCUAGAAGGAAGAUGUCCAUAAACAGAAGGCCCUCUUCAUUAACUGAGGAUCUCCUUUAUCCAUGUUCCAUCAACAGGUUCAGUGACUGCUAUGCACAGGAAAAAGACAGUGAGAAUCAUGGGCCUGUUGUAACUGAACACACAAGCACUUUCCGUCAGAGAGCCAUGUCUGAAUCCAUAUCAAGAACUAGACUUGAAAGAGUCAGCCGCAGAUGUAGCCAGCCGUUAUUUGAGGAGAUUUCCUAUGCAAAAGAAUCCUAUGUUUAAAUACCCUUCUUUCAUUUUGUAUGCACUGUAAAUGUUUAUCUUGUGCGGAAUGGUUUAGUUGAAAUCAUUAUACUAUAUGAUGAAAACCUGAAGCCUGAAUGCUAUCCUAUCACUUAAACUACUUGUAAAAAAAGAAAACCUUACAGACACCUAAAAGCUAUGUAAAUAAACAAAAUAUAUGCACGUAAUAACUAUACUGUAUAUCGUCAAUCUAACUGUAUUGAAUGUUGUAUUUUUUAAACAGUAUUUUUUGUUUGGUUUAGUAUAAUGUGUACAAUUUAACUGUAUGUAUAUAUGUACUUAAAUACACAGGAUAUAUAUAUAUAUGUUUGUUUGUCAACUACAACAUCUUUACUUCCACUACAAUAAAGCACUUUCUUUUUUAAUUCUAUAAUGAUUUCUCAUUUACGGGGAAUGAAUGCCAUUAAGUAGUUCCUGCAAUACAGAAUAUUCACAGGAGGGAACUGCUGCUAUGGUCGGUGUGUAGAAUAUUUUUUCAACCAUGAUGGUAAAGUUUUGUGCAGAGAAAAUGUAAUGACAAAGACUUCCAAUACACUUUGAUGAAUAAUCUGUCCCAAUUUUUCCAUAAAGCAACUUUUUGAAUAUUUCUGUCUGUUCUACCUAUACAAAGAAAGGAAAGUAAAGUGUUUUUUGUUUGUUAUUCCAACAAUGCCCAAGCAGGAAAACAUUGUCUGUAAAUUCAUGAUUUUCCUAUUUUCAACUUAAUGGAAAUUUUACUUCAAGCAUGUUAUAACCAUAAUUUUAAUGUCUUUUUAUUUGUAAUAAUUUGCUGUAGUACCUUAAAGUGAGUGUUUAUUUUAGGAUUGUCUCAAUUAUAACGAGUUUACAACCUUUUUGAUCAAAUAUACAG